AUGGCAGCCUCUAGAGAAUUUAUCAUAUGUUGCCUCUUAACACUUCUCUUGUGUACUUUCUUCAUGAGAAUCGAGUCUGGUGCUUCGGACAUGAGCAGAGGAGGAUGCGGCGGCGGCCAUGACAGUAUUCUUGAUGAUAAUGAGCAGUGUGUAGAGAAGGUCAAAGAUGACGACGAUGAUGAUGUGGAUGACGUUUUCAAAGUGAUUAACAAGAUGAGGAUAUAUGCUUGA